CUCCGGGCAGGGGGCAGCGGCGAGCACCUCCGAGACCGAGCGUCGGCCGGCGGCCCCGGGCCUGGCGGAGGCGGAGCCGCGCGGGGUCCCCACCCCCACCCGGAAUCCUCGUCCCGGAGAAGCCCCGGGAGCCCCGGGGAGGAGGAAGUGCCCGGCGUUCCCCCCCACCCCCACCCCCCGUGCCCCGCGCCGAUCCCGCCCCCGGCCGGCGCACUUGGGGAGCCGCGGGACUCUGCCUAGGACAGCAUGCGACUCGAGACGGGAGCCCCCUCGAGGUGGAGCCGCUGAGUUCCCGGGCCUCCGCCGGGCGUUCCCGGGGGGAGCCAAGGGACACCCCCCUCGGCCCCCGCACACAACUUCCCCGCUGUUCACCUGGGACUGGUGGAGCCGCCAGCCGACUUAGACGCAGGACUUCGGGCGACGGGCGGCCCCCGGCCCGGGUCGCCAGUCGGGGCGAGGGGGACGUGCCCCUCGCCCCCAGCUGCUCUCCGAGGAUGGCGCCGCCGGCUGAGUGAGAGAGGCGGCGCGCAGGACUUCCCCGCCCGGACCUCUUGUCUUCGCGGGGAAGAUGUACGAGAGUGUGGAAGUGGGGGGGCUCACCCCCACCCCCAAUCCCUUCCUGGUGGUGGAUUUUUAUAACCAGAACCGGGCCUGUUUGCUCCCGGAGAAAGGGCUCCCCGCCCCUGGUCCCUACUCCACCCCGCUCCGGACUCCGCUUUGGAAUGGCUCAAACCACUCCAUUGAGACCCAGAGCAGCAGUUCCGAAGAGAUAGUGCCCAGUCCUCCCUCGCCACCCCCCCUCCCCCGCAUCUACAAGCCUUGCUUUGUCUGUCAAGACAAAUCCUCAGGCUACCACUAUGGGGUCAGCGCCUGUGAGGGCUGCAAGGGCUUCUUCCGACGCAGCAUCCAGAAGAACAUGGUGUACACGUGUCACCGGGACAAGAACUGCAUCAUCAACAAGGUGACCCGGAACCGCUGCCAGUACUGCCGGCUGCAGAAGUGCUUUGAAGUGGGCAUGUCCAAGGAGUCUGUGAGGAACGACAGAAACAAGAAGAAGAAGGAGGCGCCCAAGCCCGAGUGCUCGGAGAGCUACACGCUGACGCCCGAGGUUGGGGAGCUCAUCGAGAAGGUGCGCAAAGCGCACCAGGAGACCUUCCCCGCCCUCUGCCAGCUGGGCAAAUACACUACGAACAACAGCUCAGAGCAACGUGUCUCUCUGGACAUUGACCUCUGGGACAAGUUCAGUGAACUCUCCACCAAGUGCAUCAUUAAGACUGUGGAGUUCGCCAAGCAACUGCCCGGCUUUACCACCCUCACCAUUGCCGACCAGAUCACCCUCCUCAAGGCUGCCUGCCUGGACAUCCUGAUCCUGCGGAUCUGCACGCGGUACACGCCCGAGCAGGACACAAUGACCUUCUCAGAUGGGCUGACCCUGAACCGGACCCAGAUGCACAAUGCCGGCUUCGGCCCCCUCACGGAUCUGGUCUUCGCAUUUGCCAACCAGCUGCUGCCCCUGGAGAUGGAUGAUGCUGAGACUGGUCUUCUCAGUGCCAUCUGUCUUAUCUGUGGAGACCGGCAGGACCUGGAGCAGCCAGACAGGGUGGACAUGCUUCAGGAGCCGCUGCUGGAGGCGCUGAAGGUCUAUGUGCGGAAACGGAGGCCCAGCCGCCCCCACAUGUUCCCCAAGAUGCUGAUGAAGAUCACGGACCUGCGAAGCAUCAGUGCUAAGGGGGCUGAGCGGGUGAUCACGCUGAAGAUGGAGAUCCCGGGCUCCAUGCCACCUCUCAUCCAGGAAAUGCUAGAGAACUCCGAGGGCCUGGACACUCUGAGCGGACAGCCAGGGGGCGGGGGGCGGGAUGGGGGCGGCCUGGCCCCCGCCCCCGGCAGCUGUAGCCCCAGCCUCAGCCCCAGCUCAAACAGAAGCAGCCCGGCCGCCCACUCCCCGUGACCACCCGUGCCCCGUGGACACAGCCCUUACCCCACGCCCUGGCUUUUCUCUGCCUUUCUACCAACCAUGCGACCCCCACCAGCCCUGCCCCCCACCUGUCCUCCCUUUCCUGGGGGACAGGAGGGAGGAGGUGGCGACUCUUCAGAUGGAGGCCCAGGUGCAGAUGGACUGCCUGCUCCUGCAGCCUGGGCUGAUGUCAGGGGCAAGGUCAUGAACUGAGUGAGGACCCCUGGUCCUGGGCCUCAGGAUGGAGCCUGGGGGCCUGGUGUUCAUCAAGACAGCCCUCUGCCCCCCUUGCCACAUCUUCAUCACCAGCAAACGCCAGGACCUGGCUCCCCCAUACUCAGAACCCGCAAGCCAUUGCCCCCCGGUCGGGAACCCCCCCCUGCCUAGGUUGGUGACAGAGGGGGUGGGCCAGGGGUGGGGGGUUCCCCCUGUACAUACCCUGCCAUACCAACCCCCAGGUAUUAAUUCUCGCUGGUUUUGUUUUUAUUUUAAUUUUUUUUUGGUUUUGAUUUUUUUAAUAAGAAUUUUCAUUUUAAGCACA